AACUUAACACAACCGGGGCGGAUUUUCAGCUUGGAGUUCUCCUUGUGAGCUGCGAUCCAGAAACGGCGUUAAUUCCGAUGCUUUAACCGCAGCUGGGAGACAGUAGAGCCGCUACUGUCUUCGUGUCGCUCCGAGAACAUUUCAGCAAGUCGCCGUGUAGAGAGAGACACAGCAGCAGAGCCAUGGCAGGAGACGGCUCAGACCAGAGGGCACUGCAGUAUGAACAAACUUUGAUGUAUGGGCGCUACACCCAGGAGCUCGGGGUGUAUGCCAAAGAAGAGGCCGCUCGCUUGAGGGAAAGUGGACAGAGGCGAUCGAUUACCGACCGGAGCCGAACCCUAGACCUACUGGAGUAUGAGAAGGGACGCUGUGCCAAGUGUCGCAUUUGCAUGGUGCGCUGUCAAACGUUCCUGAUCUCAAGGGUUGGAGAAGACUGGAUCUUUCUCAUCCUGCUGGGACUUGUCAUGGCCCUGGUCAGCUGGGUGGUGGACUUCUGUAUAGCCAUCUGCCUACAAGGUAAGACGUGGAUGUACGGUGGCCUGGAUAAUGUCUUCCUUCAGUAUCUGGCCUGGGUCACCGAUCCUGUAGUCCUAAUCACCUUUUCUGCUGGCUUCACCCAAAUCCUUGCACCACAGGCCUCGGGUUCAGGUAUCCCAGAGAUGAAGACGAUCCUGCGAGGAGUGGUACUGAAGGAAUACCUCACCUUCAAGACAUUUGUGGCCAAAGUCAUCGGCCUCACAUGUGCGCUGGGCAGUGGAAUGCCCUUAAAGGAGGGUCCGUUUGUACACAUUGCCAGUUUGUGUGCGUGCGCUCCUCAGCAAGUUCAUGUCUCUCUUGGUGGAAUUUAUGAGUAAAAUGAGUCGAGGAACAUUGAGAUGCUGGCAGCAGCCUGUGCUGUGGGAGUAGGCUGCUGUUUCGCUGCUCCGAUAGGAGGUGUUUUGUUCAGUAUUGAAGUAACUUCCACCUUCUUUGCUGUGAGGAACUACUGGAGAGGUUUCUUUGCUGCCACCUUCAGUGCCUUCAUCUUCAGAGUGCUGGCUGUAUGGAACAGAGACGAAGAGACUAUCACAGCCCUUUUUAAAACGCGCUUCCGGCUUGACUUUCCUUUUGAUCUCCAGGAGCUUCCUGCAUUCGCUGUAAUUGGUAUUGCCAGUGGGUUUGGUGGUGCUUUGUUUGUCUACUUUAACCGCCUGAUUGUCCAGUUUAUCAGGAAACAGAAGGUCAUCAACAGAUUCCUCAUGAAAAAGCGCCUGCUAUAUCCAGCUUUGGUCACUUUAAUCAUUUCCACACUGACAUUUCCCCCCGGCUUUGGACAAUUUAUGGCUGGCAAGCUGACCCAGAGGGAAUCUCUGGUCACCUUACUGGACAACAGAACUUGGGCCAAACAGGGCAUUGCUGAGGAGUUUGACUACAUUGGCCACUCCCAAGCCUGGAAACAUCCACAGGUCAACGUCUUUGUCACCCUGGUCCUCUUCAUUGUCAUGAAGUUUUGGAUGUCUGCCCUGGCCACCACCAUUCCAGUGCCCUGUGGUGCCUUCAUGCCAGUUUUUGUCAUUGGGGCUGCAUUUGGUCGUCUCGUUGGGGAGAGCAUGGCAGCCUGGUUCCCCGAUGGCAUUCACUCAGAUGGUCACGUUUAUGCAAUAGUGCCAGGCGGCUACGCUGUAGUGGGUGCCGCCGCCUUGUCGGGAGCUGUAACCCACACAGUUUCCACUGCAGUCAUUGUGUUUGAGCUGACUGGUCAGAUCUCCCACAUCCUGCCUGUGAUGAUUGCGGUGAUCCUGGCAAACGCCGUGGCCCAGUCCCUCCAGCCGUCGCUCUACGACUCCAUUAUAAGAAUCAAGAAGCUGCCCUACCUCCCAGAGCUGGGCUGGGGACACCACGAAAAGUAUAACAUUCGUGUGGAGGACAUCAUGGUGAGGGAUGUGCGGUACAUCACACUCAACUGCUGCUACCGCGACCUGCACAACGUGCUGCUCACAGGCCACCUCAAGAUGCUGGCGUUGGUGGAAUCUGCUGAAUCCAUGAUACUUUUGGGCUCGAUUGAGCGCGUCCAGCUCCAAUCACUGCUCUCCCAGCAGCUUGGUCGCCCUCGACGGCUGGAGUACAUCAGGGCACAAGCAUCUGAAGAGAAGAAGCGCAUGUCAGUCAUUUCAAACUUGGACAACGAGGACUGCGGCCAUCGGGCAAGUCAAGAAGUCCGCUUUCAGAUUUCCACUGAGGAGUCGUCCUUUAGUCCUACUCGUCCUGUUCCUCAGAAGCCCCUCAAACCAGCUCUCAAGAUACCAUCUGUGGUGGAGCGACCCACUGAGAUCCCCACCAGCCGACAGGAUAAUUCUGGCAUUGCUUUAAAGAAUCUAUUCUGCUCCAGCCCAGACACAGAAGGGAUGGAGAAAAACAACGUGGACGGCUCCAUAUCUCCUGAGGUCAGGAGGCCGUCAAAACGAGUCCGGAUAUCCAUUGUGGAUGAUGGUGAUCUGGAAGAUUACAUGACUAUCAGAGAGAUUGCAGAGUGGGAGGAGAAGCAGCUUGAUGAACAGGUCAACUUCAACAACUGCAAGAUUGACCCGGCGCCUUUCCAGCUGGUGGAGCGCACGUCACUACAUAAGACUCACACCAUCUUCUCUCUGCUGGGCCUCGACCAUGCCUACGUCACCAGCAUUGGGCGACUCAUCGGGGUAGUUUCCCUCAAAGAGCUUCGCAAGGCCAUCGAGGGCUCGGUGACUGUGAAAGGUGUGAAGGUGCGCCCCCCACUGGCUAGUUUCCGGGACAGCGGCACCAGCAGCAGUGAGACGGAGGCAACAGAGCUUCACAAGCUGUGGGAUCGCCACAAGAGCGUGUCACUGCCCCGCGAACACACCCCCUCUGAGUCUGAUGAAAAGUCCCAGUGAGGGGAAACUAGAGAAGCGGCAGAGGAACAACAGGUGGCGGUGAUGGAGGAGACGCCCAAAGGCACAAACAUGCAAAAAUCCUCAGGGAUUAGGAUCAAUACCUUAUUCUGGAGAGUUUUUUUUCUGCUAUGCCUGUUUUUUUUUUGUUUUUGUUUUUUUUUUUUUUUUUUUUUUUUUUAAGCUUUUCUUCUCUGCUCAUGGUUCUCUUUCCCCUACAUCCCUCUGCAUCAUGAACCACUGAGUGCUUUCACCCGGAGCAUGGCACUGGCCAGCAACACAAACACUGAGAUAAGAGUUCAGCGCAUCACGGCCUGUGCCCUGCUCUCCAUUUAGCCUUGGAACCCCACAGCAAAGUGAAUGAAGAUGAUGGGACACAAGUUCUUCUUAAAUCACUGGAGUCAUCUUCAAAAAUCUUCAGAAACAAAAAGGGAUGUGUGUGUGUGUGGGGGGGGGGGUUAAGUAGACUUUAGAUUGUCUGUCUCGGCUGUUUAGAGUUGAAACUGACAAAAUCCACAUCUUCCACUGGAGGACAAAUAGCGUGUGUGUGCGUGCGUGCGCUGGGGAAAAUUUGCAAGCGUUUAUGUACGCAGAAGGAGGAGGUAGCACAAAUCUGUUUCUUCAUACCAUUUUCUUAAUACAUCAUUUUGUUUAAACACAUUUCAGUUUUUUGCAGCCGACUGAUCUGGGUUGAACUGGAAUGUGAAGUAACACAGCGUUUUGGUAAGAUAACACUCAGCAGUCCCACUAACAUGAUUAGGGACAAAUGCCUUAGCUUUCUGUAUUUUACUGUUUCCUUCCAUCAUUUCUGCACUGCUGUAUUUUCAUCUUCACUGCGCGUGUAAAUUUGUCAUUUUGACCGUAUUGUACGGUGGCCAAUAGGAGACACCAGACCAGCAAUGGCAGGAAACAAAUGCAAAAGUUUCACAACCCAAAGAGUAA